AAUUGCAACGCCACACCCUCUCUCCACAGCGGGGAGCGCCGUCCCUCUCCUCUUCCUCCCCCUCUUUCCCUUCCACAUUCAACGACGCCAAGCCGAAACCGAAAAACAUCGACGCGCUCCGCCCUCCCUCCCUCCCCGCGCCCUCCUCCCCCCUCCGCCCUCCGGCCCAUCCGCAAACCCUAACCCUAGAUGGGCGCCGUCACCUCGACGGUCGCGGCCCGCUUCGCCUUCUUCCCGCCGAGCCCGCCGUCGUACGGGGUGGAGCAACCUUCGCCGCCGCCGCCGCCGCCGCCCCCUGCCGCCGCCGCGGCGCCGGCGGCGGGGGCGGCGGCGGUGGAGCCCGAGGGGGAGGGGAAGGAGAAGGUGAAGGGCGGCGGCGACGGCAGCAGGGUGGUGGAGCUCACGGGCGUGCCGCGGAGGGGCAACGUGGAGGCGCGGCGGCUGCGGACGAAGCGCGGCACGGAGGUGGUCGCGAUGCACGUGCGCCAGGCGGGCGCCAAGCUCACGCUGCUCUACUCCCACGGCAACGCCGCCGACCUCGGCCAGAUGUACGAGCUCUUCGUCGAGCUCAGCUCUCACCUCAACGUCAACCUCAUGGGCUAUGACUAUUCUGGUUAUGGGCAAUCCUCUGGGAAGCCGAGUGAGCAAAACACUUAUGCUGAUAUAGAAGCUGUAUACAGAUGCCUCAUAGAAACCUAUGGAGCUUCUGAGGAUAAUAUCAUCCUUUAUGGUCAAUCAGUGGGCAGUGGUCCUACUUUGGAUUUAGCAUCCCGAUUAACUCGCUUGAGAGCAGUUGUUCUACAUAGUCCAAUUUUGUCUGGCUUAAGAGUGAUGUAUCCUGUAAAGCAUACAUACUGGUUUGACAUAUACAAGAAUAUCGACAAAAUUCCAUUAGUGAGAUGUCCUGUGCUAGUGAUACAUGGUACAGCCGAUGAGGUUGUUGACUGUUCCCACGGGAGGGCACUGUGGGAACUUGCCAAAGUGAAGUACGAGCCGCUGUGGAUCAAAGGCGGAAACCACUGCAACCUAGAACUGUACCCGGAAUACAUCAGGCACCUGAAGAAGUUCGUGGGGGCCAUAGAGAAAUCGCCGCCCCCACCUCCGAUCGACGAGUCCACGGAGAGCUCGGGCCCGUCGGACCGCGCCCCGGCGGAGCCUGAGUGCACGGCGGAGGUAUCAAGGAAGAGCACGGACUGCCGGGACAAGACGAGGCCGAGCGUAGAUCACAGACAUAGCACGGAUCGGCGGGAGAAGCCGAGGGGCAGCACGGAUAGGAGGGACAAGAGCAGGAAGAGCGUGGACCACCCCGAUAAGCCGCGGGCUAGCGUCGACCAGUCCGAUCGGCCGAGGAAAAGCAUCGACCGGUUUGGGGGCAUGAUGAAGUCGGUGAGGCUGUGCAACAUCGACUGUUUCAAGGUGACAGCAACUUCUGGGAGCUGAAAGGGGGAGGAUAGCGACAGAGAAAAAAAAAAGUUAGUGUUGGGAGGGAGCCGUCUGUAUGUAUUCCCGGUGUGUAACUUAUUCAAUUGGGUGAUUGGUUUGGGCUGUAGCAGAGCAGGAGGUGCGCGUGUGUGGGUGUUUUUUUUUUUUUUCAUACAAUGGGGGCUUGUAUUGUUUCCGUUGGAUUGUUCUUUUUCCUAAGAUGAAAAAUAAUAACCAAUUUGUUGAUAAGUAA